AUGUGUCAGGGUCUGGAUGAAACGCUCACAGCUGAAUACAAAGCUCUGUUGAUCGGAGCCGGACUUCAGCUCUACGUGUUCUACCUUCUGGAUACUGGUGAGUCAUUGUCUCGCAAGAUCGGUCUCUUGCGGGCUUUUGACUUGGCGAAAUCUCUUAUCAAUAAUCUCCAGCAACUGGAUGCCACGGCCAGUAUCAUCAAAUACUCACCAUCUUCUUAUUUCCGGAUCGCAACAUUGGCUGCCUUGUUCAUUCUCCGACUCGAAGAUUCCAGCUUAGCCAGUCUCUUAGACCUAGAAGGCGGUAAACGAGCAUUCAACGCAGCUUUAAGAAUACUCCAACGAGCCUCUCUGGAAGACAAUGAUCUUCCGGGGAGGACUUCCAAGAUAUUGGCUGAACUUUGGAGUAUCCAAGGCCGCUCACGGCAAAGUGGUGAAGAGCCUGGAUUAAAGCUGCGAACCCGGCUCGCCGCUAGUCUUCUCCAUGACCAACUAUGGUCGUGGAGAGAGACUUUGGUGGCCAAAAGUCAGCCGCAGACACUCCGCCUGAUGGUAACAACCCCCUCCCUCCCAAACUUUUAUUUUCGCUUUCUUAUUCGGCGGACUUCGGUGAUUGACGAUACUGGUAUGAUAGACUCUCAAGACAAUAACCCCCUUGAGGAUCCUGUGUUAGACCCCGAGACUUCGGCUAUUGUCGGCUCCGACUUCGUGGUGGACGGUUUUCCUUUUGAAGAGAUCUUUGACAUGGAAUUGAUGUCCUUGCUUCCCUUCGAUUCGGAAAAUGAUGUUCCACAUCCAAGCCACAUUGAACAUUUCUCGACUUCGGCCCCACGUUAA